UGUGGCAGCCAGAUGCGUUGAAGUUGCUCACUCCUCCCUCUCGUCCAUGAGGCUGACUUGGCUCCAGAUAUAAACACUGAGCUCCUCUCUGUGCCCGCUGCUCUCAUCAGUCUCCUCCAAACCAGCAGGCUGUCUGCUCCUAGAUCCCAAAAAGAGAGGAAAAACACGGGGGGACGAUCUCUGGCACAUUCCCCAGGAUGGAGAUUAACUUCACAAUGGACCAUUAUUUUCCUGACCUCCAUGGGACCCAUCUGGCUGGGCCCAGGAGAGCCCCCCCCCUCCCCAUGGGCGGCCUCAACGCAAAAACGUUCCUGGUUUGAAUCUCAGUCAGACAUUGCAUCUUCUGUGAGAAGGAUUCUCCAUCCAAACCAUCUGUGGCUGAGCUGGCUGGAAGAUUCAAAGGUCAUAUUUUACCAAUGCCCACCUCAAAUGACGAGUUUCGAAGACGACCUCCUUGUUCCCUAAAGUUGCACAAUCCAAAAGAAGACAAUGAGGAAUCAGAUAAAAAUAAUGUUUCCUCAAAUCCCUUCAAAGUAAAGACAAGGAACUCUGCCAUCAUUGAGAAACUUCAGGCCAACCUCGCUCUGUCACCUACAUCUCUGCUGCCUUCACCCAAAAGUCCUGAUGUGAACCUCCAGCCGGCAACCUCGCCUCCAACUGCCUUACCAUGCAGCCCACUGAGCCCCCUGAGUCCCAACCUGCGGCCGUCACAUCAGUCCAGUGAAGAGGAGGAUCCUGUCAGCUUUAGCAACCCUCCUGAGGGCACCCCGCUGCCCAGCUUUAACAAGACUCGUGCACGACUGUCAUUCAAAAGACGUCCGCCCACUCGCCAGCACAGGAGGUCAGCUGGAGAUGAGGCGGGCAUCUUCGGAAGUCCUCUGUCCCCAUGUGAACUUGACAGCCCAUCAAAGGAAAAUGCAAACGACCAAGACCAGGUUUUCAAUGGCCCAGCAGAGGAAGACAAAUGCAGCCUUAUAGAAACCGAAGAGGACAGAGACUGUGGCAAAGCAGAGAAGGAGAGUGACCCCAGUGAUGGUGGAGAGCUGGGAGAGGGGCACCAAACAACACAAGCUCAGACCUCAGAGAAGGAAGAAGAGCAGCCGUCAGAGUCUAAGCAAAUAGGAGGUGCUGUGAAGAUAGAGGAAGUGCAGGAGGAGAUGGAGGAGGAAUCCAAGAAGCAAGUGGUGGGCUCUGAGCUGUGAAUUUUAAUUCAAGAGAGAAAUAUAUAUAAAAAUCUAUCAGUGCUUUGACUAAGAUCACUCCAUGAAAAUACUCAUCAGGAAAGCUUUUUAAAUGUCUUGGUACUGGCUUUAAGUUCCUCUGUCGCCCCCUUUCUGUCGUCAGAAGAACAGGUCUAUAAACACUGGAGGGUUUGAGAAGCAGCUGUUCUCUGCAGGUGAAAAUAAGCAUUAAAGUCAAAACUCUGACUAUCUGACAGAGGGGAUUUGUGUCAUGCUGUCCGAAUGACCGGACUCUUUAUUCUGAAAAAUAUUAUUUUCUUUCUUUAUUUCUGCUGUGAUUUGACUCAUGUCAAAGACUUUUUGAGAGUGCAUUUCUUUCUCAGAAAUCUUACAUGCAAUUUAAUUAUUUGACCUCACAAAUUAAUAGAUGAAAAUGUUAUCACAUCAUAAAUCAUAAUAGCUUUAGACUGAUAAUUCUUGGGAAGUUAUCUAGUUUAUGUGUUUUUGGCAAUUGAUGACCAUGUUUUUGUUUUCGUAUUUUUCUUUGCUUGCUUUAUUUUGUAUUCUUCAAAAUAUCUGAAUUAAGAAGCUACUGUUGGGUGGCUAAGGUCAUCAGCAAUUAUGUGACAUAAUAUUGAGCAGAGAUGCAUUAUGUUGGAUUUCAGUCAAUAUUUCUGAGCUGAUUUUGCAGAAACCUACGCAUAUAUAUGCAGGGUUCUGCUUUAAAGUCCACAAAUUUAAUGCUUUAACUUAUAAAGUGAAGCAUUACGGUACAUUUGUACAUUCUGCCAGCAUCUAUGGCUGAUAUAUCAGCUGUAUAUAUAGACAGAAAUGCCACUAAAAUUCCCUUUUUAAGCCAUUUCUUCCAACACCAAUAUUAUGCUAAUAAUAUUGUGCAUCCCUUCUAUUAGGAAAAUAAACAACCUCUUUUAAGUGAAAGACAAAGUUGACUUACCUCUAAAUGGUUUUAUUUUGGGGUUGUAACAUUGAAAUGAGUGAGUGAUAAAUAUCAGAGAAUAUAUUUAAUAUGGAAGGCCUUUCAGAAAUUUUCUAAGCUGUGUCUCAUCUGCUGGGAUAAUUGCCAUGAUUAAUGCUUUCUUAUCUUCAGUUAAGUAAAGCCAAAGGCUUUAUUGUUACUGGCUAAUGUCUCUUAUUACUGCUGCCGUCAACAACUCCUUAAAAAUGUAUGUUUUCACGAGGCUGUUGCUAUGGAAUCCUUUUGAUUGUUAUUCUUCCUUUUCUGAAUGAAGUGCAUUUUUGAGGGGUUGAAUGUGCUCUUAAAACUGCACCAAACUUUACUAAAGAGAAGAGAUGAAUAUGUACAUAUUUUAUUGUUUUUACAAAUGUAAAUAAAAUAUUGUGAAACCUU